AUGGCUCGUGGCAACCAGCGCGAAAAGGCGCGUGAGAAGAACUUGAAGCAACAGGCAGCGCAGAAAAAGGGCAACUCCAAGAGCGGCAGCGAGAUGCAGCGCGAGCGUGAGGCCCUCGCCCUGAAGAUGCGGGAGAAGCAGGCUGCUGCCGACGCAAAGAAGUCUGCCGAGUCUGCUGGCAAAUAA